AGUUUUGAGGACCGCCUUCCUGAAGUCUCGUGACUCACAGCUGUUGCUAGGGAAACAGAACACAGGCCACGCGGCACGGAUUCUGGGAAGACUCCUCGUCAACACAGGGAGCGGUUGGCUGAAGUUUUGUGGUCGGUUAAUUAGUGAGUUCCAGCACAGGAAUCUCAGAUUAUGCCUGAGACUUCACUGGUCAUUAUUCGAUACGGUCCUUACGAAUCGUGUGGUGUUGUUGACCACAGGACGUUCCGCCUGGAAGGUCUCCAAGCGGUACUGAAAGACUGCGGCCACUCUUAUGCUCUAGAGAAAAUACCUGAUUGGAACCGGGUGGAGCUCGUGGUCAACGGAGAAUGCGUUUAUAAAUGCCACAUCAAUGACCUAGAAUUUGGUGGUGAUGGACGACUUGAUCCUUUAUGUCAACAGGCCACAGAAGCAGUAAAGAAUGCAUACCAGCAACAGAAAAUAUGACAUGCAAGUGUGCUGCUAAAAAAAUACAAACAAAUGGAAUGAUUUGUGACACUACCUUUAUUAAAUUAUUGCAAGUAUUGGAAGUGUUAUUGCUUAGCAGUGCUAAGAAGUAGCCAAGGCUGUA